UCGGGAAAAAACAUGAAUCUGGGAAAAAACUAGCAACUUGCACCCAUUAUUUUCCAAAACUCGUUAUCAUUCUGAAAACCUACAUUUAAAUUAUUUAUGAAUAUGUUUGACAGAGGAAACAAAUGAACCAGCCAGCUGUUUUUUGUAAACAUUGUCAUCGUGACAUUGCCAAAUUUCGACCGCCGUUUUCGAAAGGGAUGGAAUUUAUUACAAAACAUCGAAAAUUAUGCAAAACUAAAAGUUCUGCUCGUAUUCCUUCCUCGACAAAACCUCGUCAAAACAAAAGGAAGACUGUAACCCGUAAACGAAAAUGUGCAUGUUUUCCAGAAAAUUAUUCCGUAGUUGAGUUCCCAGCUAUAUGGAAUGAACUCAGACAAAAUGGACAGUUAUGCGAUGGAACGAUUGUAUGUAAAGACAAAAAAUCAAUACGUAUUCACAGGGCGAUUCUGUCCGCCGUUAGCCCAUAUUUUAAGGCAAUUUUUAUAAAUUCGUUAAAUAAGGGAGAGCAAGAAGAAAAGGAAAUCAUCGUUGACGUUCCGAGUUGUUAUAUGAGUCAAAUUCUUGAUUAUGCGUACACAGGAACGUGUGUAGUAACUGCAGAGAAUGUUGAACACUUGCUGCCGAUAGCGGAUCAGUUUGAUGUGGUCGGAGUUAUCCAACUGUGCUGCACAUACCUUUUACAGGAAUUGAGACCUCAUAACUGUCUGGGAAUAUUUAAGUUUGCUAAGUAUUAUUUUUGUAGUGAGCUAGAAAAGAAAGGGAAGCUGUAUAUACGACAGAAUUUCAGCAGAAUCCUGAAAGAAUGCCAAGAAUUCAAUAAUCUUUCUUACGAAGAGCUUGAAGAUCUAUUGCGAGACGAUGAAUUGAAUGUUAGAAACGAGGAAAUUGUAUUCCAAGCGGUCAAAACCUGGGUAGAACAUGAUUUAGAAAACAGGCGGAAAUAUAUUUCAUCGCUUUUGUCUUGCGUCAGGUUUGGCCACAUCAGUUAUAAAUAUUUCAAAACGAAAAUACUGCAGUGGCAGCCAGUCAUAAAUGACGAGAAAUGUCAAGAAGCACUUUACCCAGCAAUGGUAUUUUUAACAGUGUUGGAUUCAAGACCCGGAGCGGAGGCGGAUCUGAAUGAUCCACUGGCAAGGCCUCGAAUACCGUACGAGAUCCUAUUUGCUGUUGGCGGAUGGAGUGCGGGUAGUCCCACAAGUUUUGUGGAAACAUACGACACAAGGGCUGAUCGUUGGUUCCUCUCAAUCCACAUGGACCUCACUCCCCGCGCCUACCACGGUCUCUGCUCGCUAUACAACCUGAUCUACAUGAUCGGCGGCUUCGACGGCAGCGACCACUUCAACACAGUUCGCUGCUACGACCCCGUUGCCAACACUUGGCACGAAAGGGCGUGCAUGUAUCAGGCGCGGUGUUAUGUCAGCGUUGUUGCUCACGACGGCUUGAUCUACGCGCUAGGCGGGUACAACGGUCGCACGCGCAUGUCCUCAGUGGAGCGCUACCACCCGGACCGGAACCAGUGGGAGAUGACCACGCCGAUGAACAAACAGCGCAGCGAUGCCAGCGCUGCUUCGCUGGGCGGGAAGAUCUACAUAGUAGGCGGGUUCAACGGGCAAGAGGUCCUCAGUUCGGCAGAAGUGUUCGAUCCUGACUCGCGGCAGUGGACCCUGAUCCGUUCCAUGCAGUCCCCGCGCUCGGGGGUCAGCCUGGUCGCGUACAGGGACUGUCUGUACGCGCUCGGCGGGUUCAAUGGGUACAGCCGGCUGAAUACUGGUGAGCGGCUGAACCCGGCGCGCGGCGGCGAGUGGCAGGAGGUGACGGAGAUGUUCAGCGCGAGGAGCAACUUCGCCACCGCGCUGCUCGACGACAUGAUCUUCGUCAUCGGAGGGUUUAAUGGUUCAACAACAAUUCCCCACGUGGAGUGCUACGACGGCGACACCCUGGAGUGGUACGACGCGGCUCCCAUGAACCUGAACCGCUCGGCCCUCAGUGCGUGCGUGAUCGCCGGCCUGCCCAAUGCCAAGUCCUUCUCGUAUCUGGCCAAGGCAGUGCCGGCCGCCGGGGCAGACCAAGCCCACCAUUCUUGACGCUGACUUGUACUU